AAAAAAACCAUUACUUUAUGGAGAUUUUCCUUUAUCAAUACGUUCAACAUCAUUAAAAUUAGUUCAUUUAAUAUUAAUUAUAUUUGCUAAUCAAGCACAACAUUUACCUAUAUCACAUGAUUAUUAUUCUUCUUCUAUUCAAAUACCUUAACAACAACCAGUUAGGGAUAAAUUUGAUAGAUUCAUUGUAAAUAAAAUACUUGAUUAUAUAGUUAGUUUAUUUUCUGAAUCCGUACUAGAUCAAUUAGCAGAUAAAACAUUAAUACCAAUAGAUUUUGAUGAUUAUUUACAUGUAUUUGAUGAUAAUGAAGUAGAAGGAGAAGUAGUUGAAGAAUAUAAAAAAAUCAGCAGUUGUUGCUGAAAAUACAUUUGAAACAUUUCUUUUAAAAAAUGUCUAUACCACAGAUAAAGUUCCAUCAACAACAGAUAUAAUUUAUAUGAAAUAUAAAUAAUCUAAAAAAAGAAUUUUUAUUUUUUUAAGAUAGAAAUUCUCUGACACCAUCAAAUCAUCGUUAAUCUAGUCGUGGAUCUUGAUCGUUACAAUUACCAUCUUUUAGUCCAGUAUUAAGUCGUCGUUCAUCAGUAUCUAUAACAAGUUCACAUGCAACAAAUUUAUGUCAUUUAUCCGAUAAGACUCUUCGUUCAUAUGUAACAACAAUUCAAGUUGUAUUUUUAUCUCGUGUAUCAUCAGAACUUGUAUUACAAUUGGCAACUAAAUUUCGUUUCAUAUCUUAUAAUUUAGCUAUUUUCUCUUAUGCACAUCAUUUAUAUUUAAAUCUUUUAAUACCAUCUGAUAUUCAUACACGUAUUGAUCAACUUCCACAAAUAAAUAAUACAAGUAAAUUUAAUAAAAAACGUUUAACAAAUGUUUUACGAACAAUGACAAUAACAUCAACGAAUGAUGAACAAACAAAUACAAUUGAUUCAUAUAUAAAUAUGGACCAUAGUUUAUUUUAA